AUGGUUCAGCUGACUGAAGAGCAGAUCACAGAGUUCAGGGAGGCUUUCCUUCUGUUCGACAGCAAGGAUGGCGACGGCACCAUCGCCACCAAAGACCUGGGUACUGUGAUGCGAUGUCUGGGCCAGAACCCUACGGAGAGUGAACUCAAAGACAUGGUCAACGAGGUUGAUCCAGAUGACACUGGCAAACUUGACUUCCCAACGUUCUUGUCCCUGAUGGCGAGCAAGGUGAAUGAGGAGGACACUGAACAAGAGUUGCUUGAAGCCUUCAGAGUCUUCGACCGAGACGGCACUGGUUUCAUCGACGCUGCUGAGUUGCGCAAGAUCAUGAAACGCCUCGGAGAUCAGCUUCCGCCUCACCCGAGUGAUCCUGUGGAGCCGGACACGCCUCCCGAGGGUGAUGGUCUGAUCAACUACGAAGAGUUCGUGAAGAUGAUGCUGGCCAAGUAA